AUGUAUACGGGCCUUCCCACGCGACCACACCCGGCAAUGGGACGGGGACCCAACGCAGGAUGUCGCUACUGUGGGUUGCCCGAAACAAACGAGCAUGUUGCAACGGGGUGCAAUAAGUUCAAGGCAAGUAUUAUGAAACAGCUUCAUGACAGCUCUGUCCGGAAAGUAUACGAUGGUCUGUGCAUAAAAUACGACCUGGCGAAAACUGAAUUCGACCAGCCAGUCCCAGUAGUUCAACAGAAUGCUCAUGUCGAACUCUACUGGGACAGAACAUGGGUGACGGAGGCUCAGAUAAGAUUCACGAAACCAGACGUAAUCGAUCAGAAACCAUGUAGCUCCAAUACCUGA